AUGGAGGAAAAUAAUAUAAUUCUAGAUGAUAAAAAGAUAAUGAAUUACAAAAUUAUUAAAAAAAUAUGUAGAGAAAAUAAUUUAUAUGAAACUGAUGAAUUAAAUAAUGUUUUGUAUUUACAUAUGAAAGGGUUCCAUAAUAUAGAUGGAUUAUCAACAUUUAAAAAUUUAAAAUGUUUAUAUAUAAAUAAUAAUUGUAUUAAAAAAAUACAAAAUUUAGAUGGUCUAACAAAUUUAAAAGCAUUAUAUUUACAAAACAAUGAUAUAAGCACUAUUGAAAAUAUUGAAUGUAGUUCCUUAAUAAUUUUAAAUUUGUCUAAUAAUAAAAUAAAAACAAUUAAAAAUUUAAAGCAUUUAAAAUUGUUACAAACCUUAAAUAUAUCUAAUAAUUUAAUUGAAAAUAUUAUAGAUCUUGAAGAGGUUAGUGAACUUCAAAAUCUUUCCCAUUUAGAUAUUUCUGGUAAUAAUAUAAGUUUCAGUAGUAAAUAUGAAAUAUCAAGUAUAUCUGACUGCGAAAAAUUCAUAGAUAGUUAUGUUGAAAAACAAAGUACAUCAGAAAUAAAAAAAGAAAAUACAAUGAAGUCUAUUGGUAAUGGAAACAAAGAAAUUGAUUUUUUUAGUUUUUAUAAAAAUUUUGAUGAAGAAUUAAAUAUAAAUGAAAAUUCUGAUUCUAUAAAGUAUCAUCAGAAAAUAGAAGAAAUGGAUUCAGUAACUAAAAAGAAAUUUUCCUUUUUAUGCGAGUUCAUUAUACUAAUUAAAAAAAUAAAAAAAUUAAGAACGUUAUUUAUAAAAAAUAAUCCAUUCACAAAUGAAAUUAAAUAUGUUUCAAAAUACUUGAUUGCAAAUAUCCCCCGUUUAGUGUUUCUUGACGACAAGAAAAUAAAAAAAGAAGAUAUUUGUUUGGCACAAAUAUUUUUAAAAAAAGGUUUAAAGGAAGAAAAUGAACUUAAAAAAAUAUUUGAAAAAAAAAAAAUAGAAAAAUAUAAAAAUUUAAGGGAAAAAUUUCAUACUUUUUUAUUAAAGAAAAGUGAAAAAGUGUAA